UGACGUAGGGCGCGUGCGCCGCCCGGUCGCUGGCGGGGCAGGAAGAUGGCGGGCGGCUGCGGCGGCGGCUCGUGAGGCAGCGGCUGCCGGGGCCGGCGGGACGAGGCGAGCGGCGAGGAGACCGGGCGCGGAGUCGGGCUGCGAGGGAGCGGCCGGGCGUCUUUCAGAAACAAGAUCGCCAUGGCCACAGAAAUUGGCUCCCCGCCCCGAUUUUUCCACAUGCCGAGGUUCCAGCACCAGGCGCCUCGGCAGUUGUUCUACAAAAGACCCGAUUUUGCCCAGCAGCAAGCAAUGCAACAGCUUACGUUUGAUGGCAAGCGGAUGAGAAAAGCUGUGAACCGAAAGACCAUCGACUACAAUCCCUCUGUAAUUAAAUAUUUAGAGAAUAGAGUAUGGCAGAGAGACCAGCGAGAUAUGCGAGCCAUCCAGCCUGACGCGGGAUAUUAUAACGACUUGGUCCCUCCUAUAGGAAUGCUGAACAACCCUAUGAAUGCUGUAACAACAAAAUUUGUUCGGACAUCCACUAAUAAAGUAAAAUGCCCAGUGUUUGUUGUCAGGUGGACUCCUGAGGGGAGACGCUUGGUCACUGGUGCAUCUAGUGGAGAGUUCACUUUAUGGAAUGGACUGACUUUCAAUUUCGAAACGAUAUUGCAGGCUCACGACAGCCCUGUAAGGGCUAUGACUUGGUCACACAAUGAUAUGUGGAUGCUGACAGCAGACCACGGGGGAUAUGUGAAAUACUGGCAGUCCAACAUGAACAACGUCAAGAUGUUCCAGGCACAUAAGGAGGCGAUUAGAGAGGCCAGUUUCUCACCCACGGAUAAUAAAUUUGCUACAUGCUCUGACGACGGCACUGUUAGAAUCUGGGACUUUCUACGUUGCCAUGAGGAGAGAAUUCUUCGAGUCUGUUUCCGGAUCUUCAGUAGCAAAUAAAAUACCAUGAAGUGUCUUUAGUUGUUUAAAUCAAUUGCAUGGUUUGUGUACUGCGCACUUUCUGCCUGGAAGUGAAGGAUCUCUGCAGUGUGUUUGACAUCCGCUUCCUCAGUCAAAUAGCAAAUCCUGUAUGUCAGUUCAGAGGCGAUGUGUUCAGUAAUUAAAUGGAACCUGAGAACCAGAACUGAGAAGAACUAAUCUUCAUUUUGGGUCCUUUGCUUUUAAGCAUAGACUACUAGCUAGGUCUUGGGCUUUGGAGCAGGGAGCUUCUAAAACUUACCUUUUCCUGGAAUGUAAUUGAACUCUACUCUGGGUAAUUUAAAAGAAAAAAAGACAAUCCUCACGUUGCUGUUUACAUUUCUUUUCCCUUUAUCUGAAGUUUUUGUGUUGUUUGUCUCAGUACAGAGAGAAAAGCCACCAAAUUCAAGAAAUGCACGUAUGUUGAUACUGUGCUUCUUGUAAGGAGACAUAGUGUUUAAACCUUCUGUUUCUUGUGGGGACUUGCUUCUUUGCACUGUUAGGAUUUCAGAUAUACCUCAUAGGUCUCUUAGUCUGCUGAUGCAUCCCUCCGUGAUUGAAUAUUAGAACGAUUUUUCUGCAGAACAAAAGCCUGAGAUGAGAUCCAUUUCCAACUGUAUGUACCUAGAGAAGGCAAGUCCUUGAAUUUUUUAAUUUAAAAAACAUGAGCUAUUUUGAAAUGCUAGUAUUGAAUUGCUUAAAUAUCUUUGUUGGUAGAGUCUAGUAUGGCAGCUUAUGUGGCAGGUCUCUGAUUUUCAUGAAACUUCGUUACCAAAGUGAAGUUUGGGAUGAGGAAGAGGGGUAAGUUGCAGCUGAGCCUUUUGAGUUCCAGUUGUGCUCUGGAUGGCUGUGCAUCCAUCUCUUGUGUUUUAGACACAGGCAGUGUUAGGGAACUCGCUCCCUGGGAUGGUGAUAGUGAAUCUGUGAGGGGUUUUCUUCUUCACGAAUAGUUCGGAUCACUUGCACACUCGAUGGUGCAGGAGCCCUUUUGUUCUGCUGUGUGCACUGUGCCAGCCCUGAUACUGCCGCCUUGGGGUUGUGUGCAUAGAGGACCCCCACGUUUUCAUCUCAUUAGGAAACCUCUCUGUUGCCUUUGUGAGAUUAAGAGUUAGAAAUAUUGUAUAUGAUUUCCACCUUCAGAAAUCGAAGUUACCAUGCAAAAUAUUUUUUCCUCAUAUCUUUCUCUGUUCUUUUUCCGGAGUUAAGUAACACCAAGGACUUGGAGUGUGAGUAUAAACCUCCCUGAGUUCAUAGAUAGCUCAGUCACUGCUGCUUGCUAAGAAGGUGGGUAUAACCCGUGCUAGAUGGGAAGAAUUCAGUCUUUUCUUGCUUGAGGCUACUCAUGUUCCGGUGUCAUCUAGCAACUCAGCUUUAUUCCUGAGUAUAACUUUGAAGGCUACAGCAUCUUGGUUUUCUCUUUAUAGGAAAAUUUACUAGAGGUAGAGUUGUUAAAAUCUCAACUUCUAUUUGUGUUAAAUGAAAACGUCCAUCUGAGAAUCGAAAAAGAAACUUCCCACUAUGUUGACUUACACCAGGUUUCUAUUUGUGGGGUGUUCCAAUUUGGACAAGAAGUUUGUUUCAAUCAACUCUGCUUGAGGUCCUUGAUUUCUGUGGUGAGUAGGAGGUAGCUCCAUGAUGCCUUUGCCCUGCUCCCUAAAGCAAUGCCAGGAGAAUUUGAGGGUAUUGAAGACUGCUCUUGGAGCUGGUCGCACCUGAUAUGCCUAAAAGAAUUUGGUUUACAUUGCAGUUCAGUUCUGAGUAAUGCUGGUGUACGACAUACUAAGACUUAGAGUUCUGAUUGUCAUCUAGAAUCUAGUGUAUUUAAAAUCCUGGCAAAUUAAUAACUUAAAAUAUAUAGAAUUCUCAAAGAAUGCAUGACAGAGAUCAUGAGAAAUGAGCCACAGGACCAUGACACCUUUUUUUCUUUGUGUUAAUGCUUUUCAUGAGACAAGAAUGAAGAGGCUCUAUGCAAGAAUGAGAUUGUUUCAGAUUCAAUUUUGAAAUCCCUUUUCCUCCCUGAGAAUUAUCCUGAAGCUGAAAGUUACACUCUCCCAUUGAGUCCAAUGGCAAAAAUUGCACUAAAAAGGCAAAUACUUUUAAUAAAUAUAUUUUGUUAAGCUUGGAGGAAUAUUGAGAAACUACGGUGUUUCCUGGGACAGCCAACUCUUAGUGCUGUUGCAGUACACAGUACUCCAUGAACAAGCUGUGUGAUUGGUGUCAUUAAGAUUUCUUGCAUCUGCUUCCUUUUAUCUGUUUGAUGAUUGCAAGGGGUAGAUAAAUACCAAACUAGGUAAAACCUUUUUUAUGGUUUGUUAGCGUAAAUACUUCAGUGCUGAGAAUUUCACUGUCACCUGUUGUGACUACAUAUGGAAGUAAACAUAAUAUGGCACGAUCCUCUGCGUAGUGGUCAGGAUUUCACCUGCAGUGAGACCAUUGGUGCAGCUUUGUCCUCAAACCCCACUCAUCGUUGUUGAGAAAGAAAAACACAGUUUUAAGUGGACUAUGUUGAUAUGGAUGAAAAAAACCCAAACUAUAGGUAUAAAUAUUGAUGCUCAGAUGACACCAGUCUUCCUUUCUUGGCACAAGUGUAAUUGUUGAAAAGGAUGCAGGUGGUUUGCACUGGGAGUGGCGGCUUCCUGGGGUCUGCUCACCAGUGUUUGUCAUAUCACAGGUUCUCAACAGAAAGGAUAAUCAUCCAGAGUUAGUCUUACGCAAGUUAUAUUAGUAACUCAUCUUCUCUGAUAAAAUCCUAUGUGGAUCAAUACUCAGGAUUGAGCACUUCAUUUGUUAUUUUUUGAAUGGAAUCUUUUGUCUGACAUACCAUUUCCUAAUAGAGUUGACUACAGAAAUAUGCUAUCUCAGAAUAAAUGGUAGAAGUCUUCAAAAAAAACAAAGACCACAAUUCCCUGGUGAAAGUAAUUCAUGUCAGUCCUUAGAAUCUUACCUUGCUGGCUUCUUCAUUCCACUUAUGCAUGUUUUUUUUCCUUUUUUCCUAUCCUGUAUUUACUUCACUAGAAGCUUUUUUUGCAUCUAGGUAAGCACUGACUUUUCAAAUAAUUUUAUAUUAUCUUUUGCAUCAUUUCAAUCCUGCAAACUCAAAUUAUUUCCUAUUUUAGUACAUUUAGCUCUUGAGUGAUGCUCUGACUUUAGUCGUGAGACACUUUGCAUCGAGUUUAAUCGUGUGGAUAACGUUGCAGGUCUCAUACUAAGGUUUACACAUUCAUGUGGACAGCCCGGCACUGGGAGAUGGGGUGAGAGCUUGCAAAUGUUUUCUUGAAAACACAGUGGUGGUUUUUUUCUCUCUUCUUUACCUGCCUGGCCUUAUAUUCUCAUGAGAAAGGUAGUCCUACUCAUCGUGCAUUGCAUUUAUAGGAAGACUGAGGAUCAAAAGAGAAACUGGGGAAUGUGCUGAAAUGGGAUUGAAUAACAGACCAGGAAAAAGGGGUGCAUAAGAAUCCUGAAAAAAAGUGGGUGAAAGGUGGGUGGAAAUGAGGAGGAUAGCAAAUGGAAGGAAAGGGCAGAGCCAUGCCAGUAUGAAAAAACUUAAUAAAACAACAGCUGGUGUAACUAUUGAGAAAAGACAGUGACAGUGUGAGCAAGGAGGUGAGAGUCAUGCUGGGACCCCACAGAAGUUACACUCCUGGUGUUGUGGUGAUAAACCUGGGCAAACGCAGCUGCUGGAGCUGCCAGAGCAACAGCUGAAUGACACACUCGGACACAAGCGGACAGUAUAUAACAUACCAACAGUCUGUGUAUGUACUGUAAUGCGUGUGUGGAAACGUGUAAUAAUGCUACCCAUAUACAUACACACAUAUUUUUCCCUAAUCUCUUUUAAAUUUUAUAUUCUGUGUCAUGACUUUUAGAGACUCAAGUUGAUGCGUUUGAGUACCAUUAGGAACACAUUCCUUAUUCAUUGGGAAGAUGACUACCGAGUGCUGGUUUAGUGAGCAAAUGGUAACACUGUUCCUACUGGAACCAGGAGAAAGCUGUCUCUACUGCUUGGUUAAAACUCCUUCUGGUUUUUAUUAGGCCCUAAGAAGUAAUGUGGAUCCUCUCCCUGCCCACCCCCCCCCCCGACUUUUGUUGAUUUAACAGCUCUAAAACUGAAAUAUCUAAUAAUUGCCAGCUUUGGAUUGCUUCAGUUGGGAAUAUAAUCGAGGCACAUCCAUGCUGCAUGCUUCUGCAAAAAGUGUUUGAUUAGAUUAAGCAUGCAAAUAUGUAAUAAAUAUUAGUUUUCAAAGUACAGUGCCAGAACUUUCCAAGUGACCGAGAUAGAUUUUAUGGUGAAAAUACAAGCUGUCAUUUAAUUUUGCUAUUUACAGAUAAAAGACUUUGUAUUGCAAACAACACACUUUUCAAGGAAAGACAUUUUUAUUUUUACUGUUGAAAGUAUAUGUGUGUAUUGCAGAUACAGUAACUGUCUUGGAAGAUUUAUGAAUUAAUAUUUUAUCAUGGAAAGGGUUUUUACAGUUAAAUUUAAAAAUAAAGUUAUUAAGUGUCUUAGCUUCAAAGCAGCACAGCUGUAAGCAUCAGAAUUACAGCCGUAUAGGAGAACACUACAACUUUCCACAAUGUUUAUGUCUUAUAAGAAGUUUUACAGACUAGAUUUAACAUUUCUUCCAUCGCAAACAGUUUGGAAUACUAUGUGUGAUUAUUAUCUCAGUGGAAGCAUCUCAUAUUUCUAGUGCUGCAAGACAGUAUUUUGAUACAUUACACAAUCUGUCAAGUUCUGGCUUGUGUUCAACAAUUCAAAGCACAGCUUGGUUAUGUAUCUUUUUUUUUUUUUAAUGUCAUAUUUUGUUCAUAUUUGUCAUAUUGUGUAUAAAGUAAUUUUGCUCCAAUAAAGAUAGGUAGGUAAGUAGAGCUAUUCCAGAUACAACUACAGCCGCAUAAAGAAGCGGUUGUAUCUCUUCAGUAUAAUUUUCUGCUGUAGACAAGGCAAGGACUUCAGGUAUCUUGCAUAUGGUGCCUUUGAAGACAGAAUUAAGCUUUCAAAGGGAACUUACAAUGGCUAUUUAAAUAUGAACCUGACCUGAGAAACUGAAAUGUAACUAUUAGCAGGACUGGAAUAGGCGCUUCUGCCAACUCCCCAAGAUCUCAGAGUGGAAAAUUAAGAAUUCCGUUCAAAAAAGCUGAGGCAUGGCUUCCCUUGGCUGCUUAAAGUUGGGAAAAAAUAAUACAUUUUAGUAAAAAGCAAACCCGGCUAAUUAGUGUGUGCUGACAGAUGCAUAUUUUCUACCAUAUGUACAACAGCUUUUUUAUCUGCCUCUCUAUUUAGAAUGAUGGAGCAUGAAAAUAUUUUAAAUAUUACAUUAAAAUAGUACUUCUUUAAUUUCCAUCACUUAAAAAAGCUACCUCUAAAAAGAGUCCUAACAUCUGAUAAAUUAGGAGCUUUGCUGUAGCUAUUGUAGACUUCAAACAAAGAGUAGGAAGAAUCGUUGAAAAAGCAUAGCUCAGGAUCCAGUCUUAUUACUAUUAUUAUAUAUUAGGAAAAUCAAGUCUAAAUAUUUAUACAAUACUUCUACAUUUGAACUUCUCUUUAUAGCUGACUUAUUUCUUCUCCAAAAUGAUCCUAUUCUGCUUCAUUUUUUCUUUGUGUGUGUUAAGGUUUAAGGAAUGGUUCUGAUAAGUAUUUACUGUCGUCAGAUGCAGAAUUUGUGUAGCAAGACCUCAGUGUUCUUCCUUGCGUAACACAAGGCCUAAUGUUCAUUGAGAACUACUUUUCAUCAAAAGUUGAGGUUCUUGCUGGGCUUGUAGCUCAUCAGUACUCUUAAAGGUGGAAAAAAAAAUCUGAGUAUCCACUUUCAAAUGAAUGGAGAGCUGAGCUUGCUUUCCUUCCCCAAGUUUCCAUGGGAGACAGUUGUCCUGAGAUGGGUUCAUAAAGUUUCAGGUGAAAGUAAAAGAUUUUAGUUCAAAAAGAGAAUUUUGAUUUUUUUUUUUUUUUAAUAUUUGGAGAUACAUAGCACAAAUUGACGUAUAAACGGUAUUAACAGGUAAGUAAUUUCCCACGUCAUUACAACUCUGAUAGGAGUCCUCAGAAGUUUGAGUUCAAACUCACUUGAUGUUCCAGGUAUGUUGCCAUUAGAAAAGUAUUGUGGAAAAGUUAAAAGUACUGAAAAAGAAAAUAUUUUAGUUUAUCUCCUCUAGUCCAAUGGAAACACAUCUAAAAUCCCAUUUUUACUGGGGAGAUGGAGGGUCUCUCUCAGGUUUUUUUUGGGGGGAGGGCUUGGGUUUUUGUAGCUGUUUCCUUACUAGUGUGGUAGAACAGUGUGAGUUCUGCUUAAUGUAGGUUUUGUGCAGUCUCUGUCCUUGGAGGUUUUCAGCAUUACAACUGGAUAAACCCUGAGCAGCCUGGGCUGACCCGAUAGCUUUGAGCAUUAUCUUACAAUACUGAAUUCCCCUGUUUUGCCAAAGGGGAAACAAAGGAGCAGAAAAUCCUAGUGAUUUACUUUGUAGCUACCUUCAGCUGUAGACCAGCAUAUGUGACAUAAGGAACUGACCUUCUUAAACUCAUUAUUUUUUUAGUUUGCUUUUUCUUCCAGCUUUUAACGUGCCUGAGGAAAUACGCACAAUCGAUUUAGAUUGGAAAGAUUUCUUAAUGUUCAGCGGCACUUUUUCCAGAGCCGAUAGACAUUUGGUCAUUCCACAAUGGUUAACAGUUUAUUCGACUUAAUCAUUACUGUAGUUUAAGUAUUGCUUAGACUUCUCCUACAGUCAAUGGAAAUUUUUUGUAAAUAAGAUGGAAGAUGUGAUAGCAUGCUGUCAGCAUCUUCAAAGCUCCUUUCGAUUAUGUAGUAACAGCGAAAUAAAAAGAUAUAUAUAUAUAGAUAUAAGUGCAGUUGUAUAUGCAUAUGUAUUUUCAGUCAGUCUCUGUAAGUAUAGAGCCUUUAUAAUGGUACCCAGUAGCACAUUUUAUGGGCUCUAAUAUUAGUUUGCUGCUUUUUUUCAAAAUUACACCGUCCUGAAAUAAAUUGUAUAGGUGAUGUUGUAAAGCUUUAAAGCACAUGCACGAUUAGAACAGAUUGAAAAUGUUUGCUUUAAAAGAAAAAAGUAAUUUACAUUAAGGCUUUACUCUCUAAACUGAAGCAGCCUUAGUUUGUCCAUCUGCUUUGUCAUCGCUGUUCUUGAAGGUGCAUUUCUUUAGAUCAUGUUUCUGAGCUCUCCAAAGGAUAAGUAGACCUGGUGUGUUUGCAGACAUAUCGGCCUUUAUCUCUAGAUUAAAUGGGUGUUAGAGAAUAUUUUUCUUUCAAGCAAAAGCUGGGCUACAUAUCCUAUUUCAUUGUUCAUGCCCACACCUCUCCCAGGUCUUGACCUGACCUUCACGUCUAAGUGUAUUUCAUUAGUUUUCAAGUUUAAGUGUAUUAGCAGAAGUCCGCACAAUAUUGAAUCUGAUUUUGAGACUGCAAUUAACUUAUAUUGUAAAAAAAAAAAAAUUUCUUUGUCUUGAAACAUGCUGCUUUUCAAGCACUUGAAAAGUCCAAGCCAGAUUUGUUCUGGUGUUUCUACUACAGAUGAGUUUAGAAAGGAAUAACACCACACUUCAAAAUCUGUAGACAUAGUUCCCCCUUCUGAACUGUAAUUAAUCAGUAGCAAGGAACAGCUGCACACAGUGCUACCUGGACAGCUAUCAAGUGUUGCUGUAUGUAGUGUAGUUACAAGGUGUGAAUAUUGUUAGGAAGAUGUCUCUGUUUCCUGAAGGUUUCCUGUGUCUGCAGCUUGGGACGGUGCAGUGUUGCUGCUUGCUUGUUGUGCCUUUUCCUCACAUCUGCCUGCUGCUCGCUCUUAGCCAUGCAUAGCUCUUAGGCAGAGUGUUUUUCAUUAGACCAGCCAAUACAGUUAGAAGCAAUGCUUUAUUUAUGUAUGAAGCCACACCAGCUUGUCUUAAGGACAGAGAAACUUGCUUAUUUUAGCCUAGCUGAUAUAGUUGGGUAAUAAGAUGUCUUCUCCCUACAGAUCUUGCUUUAUGCUCUUAAAUCCUCAAAGAGCAAUGAGUCUUCAUUGCUUCCAUAGCAGGAACUCUGCCUACUUAAAAUGAAUGUAUAAGGUCUUCUCUCUUUGGCAAUAUGUAUAUUCUCAAAAUCGUUAUUCUCUUAGCUAGUUUGCUAAAUCUAGUGAUUGGGAAUAUCAAUAAUGUUGACAGAUAUGGAUUUCUGUGGAUCACUGUUCUCCUUUUGGAAGGCCUUUCUGCACAGACAAGUAAGCAUAUGGUAUUAAGACUAGGAAUGUAAAAAGCUAAAUUCAAUCAGACAAUUAUUUUGUUACGUCAGAUUGAUUUGUACUCUACAGUUGUAUUCUGGAGAUCUUUGGGCAAAGGUAGGUUCUCUCACAUCAUUCCCAGCUUAUCAGGAUUAUCCUUUGCUUCCAAAGGAAUGGAGAAAAAAAUGAUCAUUCCAAUCACUACAUAAGCAUUUUAGAUGUGUCAUUUCUGUAGUACGUAUUGCUUUUGCUGACAGUUUCAAACAGAGCUUUUGUAAAAAUGCAAUUGGAAAUUUUAAUGCUAGUGUUUAA